AAGUGCCUGAGUGAACAGUAAGUAAGAGUUAAACAGAAACCAGCUAAAGCAAAAUCUUGAAAAAUUGCAUCUGCUUCGUUUAGCUAUUACGUCAUAUGCUCUGUGAAGGGGUGAACUGAUGGAAUAGUGAGUGAAGAUAAGAGCGUGAUUUAGUGUGUGAAUAAAUGUCUGAAUGUGAAAUGUAGACUAGACUUAUAGUGAAAAUUUUUUGUAUUUUUAUAUUGUUAAAACGAUUGUACUGAAUUUAUUUUAUCAUGUUCUACAAUAUCGAGGUGCAGCUUUUUCGAUAAGAAAUAUCGUCUCGAACGCGACCUAUUGUCUAUUUCCUGGUUUACUAAUGUCAUGCGACGUGACAACAAUUCCGUAACCUGUGAUAACAAACAAAUAAUAAUAAUAAUAACAUAAUCAUUUAAAAAAAUGUUGUUGUUCAAAUAUUCACGACUUGUCAGCGACCGUUCGCUGCUAACACAGAUAAAGCAGGCGAAGUGCUGUUUCAGCACCAAAGAUAUUCGGCCUUUUGUUUGGAAGUAUGUGGACACCUUUAAAGAAUUUACAGGGAGGAGCGAAAAAGAAGUUCUGGAUGAACUGAUGAUGCCAAAGUAUAACUACCUUGAAGAUAUACCAGAAGAAGUUAUCAAAUUAAGACUGAACAAUUUCAAGGAAUUAAAAAUAGGUGGUUGUGACAGUCUCGAUGUUAUGUCAAUGUUGAAAUUGCACCGUGUGACUAUCAAAAAUCGUGCUAUGAUAUUGGAAGAAGCUGGGUUUUACAAAGAUAUGAUAACGGUGUCCACGCUUAAAACGUAUUUGCAGUUAGCAAAACAUUCUGUAAAAAUUUUGAAAAAAUUGCAAUUUAUGAGCAUGGACAACAAUGUGAUAAAGAGCAUGGUAAAAUAUGUAGAUGUAGAUGAAAGUGAAUGUGUAUCUUUCACAGAUAACAUGACUAUACUUGAAGCUAAAAAUUUCAUAAUGAGAAAAUAUUUAGAAAAGAGGCUUGGAAUGAAAGAGGAAAAUUUGCAACCCGUACAAUUGUUUCACUUGCAACGUAUGAAGCAUAAAAGCCUUAGGAUUUUGAAGGAAAACAUUGAUUUGUGCGAAAAUAAUAUUGGCUUGCCUACAAAAAAGGUGGCCGCAAAUAUGUUUCUUCUAUACCAGAACACAGAAAACACAUACAAAAUAAUCAACCAGGUGAAGCAGAUAGGAGGGGUGGACGUUAAAGAAGUGCUAAGAUCCAACCCAAAGAUUCUUUCAGAGAGUGUAGAAAAUAUGCAAGACAUAAAGGCUACCCUAAAAGAGUUCAAUAUUCCCGAGAAGGUAGCCACUGGGUUGAAACGUGUGCUUACACUAAACGCCAAAACAGUCCGUCAGAGGAUCUUAGAUUUGGAUGAGUUUGAGUUUCUAUCUGCAUGCAGGAACCACCCAAGAGUCUAUGACAUCAUCUUCUACCAUAGAAAAGUAGCCAAGCGCUUAAAACUACUUGAUGAAAUCAGGCUCAACUCUGUGACUGUUAAUGCAUUAGCUUCUGGAACCAAAAACUUUAACAAAUAUUACGACCACGGAUAUGACCGAACUUCAGGACGGGAUACAAUCUAUUUUCUUAGCAAGGAGUUCAACCGCGAUAAAGGAGAAUUAAGGGCCAAACUCAAGUGUCAUCCAUUCUGGGAGCAUAUUCCACUGAUUCACAUUUGGAAGAUUGCCACCCACCUCAAAGAACGCUUUACGACCGAUGAAAUAUAUAAAAAUAUCUACAUACUUCUGUACCCUCUAAAGAAGAUAGAAAAAGAGCUUGAAAUGAUGGAGAGCAGGCCUGAACUGAAUAGCUUUAAAACUGACGGGAAAGUGAGAAGCGAUAUGGUUCUUCCAUUGGUAAUCUAUUACAUAGAAAAGGCGAACAAUUUCAACUACAAUGGCGUCUGGGAUUAUGACUCUGAAGCUCAGCAAUUGGGUUUUGAUGUACCAUUACAAUAUAAAGUGUCAUUGUAAAUGUAAUUUUAAGAAAUGUUUAUAUUAUUUAAA